UGGCCAAACUGUCGAGAAUCGUGUAAUCGUGAAGGAUGGAGGAAAAGGUUGAGCUACUGAAAUGUCUCGAGGAAAAAAUAGACAGUGGCAAAGCGACGGUAGAUCGGCUGAAACUCGUAGGAAAGAUCGAUGGGGUUGAGAAACUCGUACGAAAGAUUCAACAAGAGAUUAGAUUUUUAGAAAAGGUACAAUCUACAGGGAAUGUGAAGAAAGAACAUCUGCAGAGCACAAAUUUGAUUCAUUUGAAUGCUAUUGUAGCACGGCUCUUCUGUGCCAAUGAACCCACCAAUGUUCUGAAACCAUUCAAAUAUCAGAAAUCACGUUUAGAAGUAGAUAUAGUAUGCAAUGGUGGUGCCUCUUGGGUAAAAGUUAUCGCUAGAAAUGCCAGAGCUCUUACCUUGAUCUCAAUGGGCAACGGAGAAUACGGUCAGAAAUCUGUGCUUGACCAGGCUUCUUCUUUCUUGCAAUGCGCAAAAUGUUAUCCGUAUCUUUAUAGACCGCCAGAAAUUGUAUUCCAUUUUGCUUAUGGCAUAGAAAUACCUUUAGCUAAAAAUUUGGAGCUUAUGGGAGUAGCGGUUGAAGGAGAUAGGAUUGAAUGCGAAGAAGAAAAAAGCAUGGACAUACAUGAUAUAGACGAAAAAUUCUCAACACGGAUGUACACGUCAGAAUUCAAUGGAGAACCAUUGGACGAAUCGAAAAGGAAUACAAACUCGAAUCUAGACACCCUUAACGUUUCUCCUCUGGAAACUGAAAUAAAGAUCCUUAAUUUGGAUGUAUCAACUUUAUUAGCAUACGUGACAAAUAUGACUAAUGGGUAUGAUCAUUUUAUUUAUCGUGAACCGUUGCUUACGCAACAAGCGGAAAUGGAGAGAAAACGUCCAGUGAAGCCAAUAUUAGAAAGCAUAUUUAAAGAUAAAGAACUGAUAGUCUGCCAGACUGCUUAUGAAAAUUUUAUGAACAUCAUAGAUGUUAUUGGCGGACCUAAAGAGACUCUCAGGGCGAAAGAAUUACUUAGUAGAGUUCGGAUCGUGAACGAUAUACCCGCUGGCAGAAUCAUAGAGAAAUUAAAUUUGGGUGGUAAAAUCAAAGACAGAUCUAGACUGGUGUUUGCCACCGGUGAAAAUACGAAAAGUAUCACGGUAUCGGCUAACGAAGGAUUUGUUAGAGCAGCACGUAUGCAGGGUAUUGAAUGCACAGUUUUCUUGCAUGAACCUAGAUCUCUUUCAGAGAUUAAAGAGGGCUAUGCUACAAAGAUAAGCCCAUCUUGAUACCGGUCGAACGUUGAAAAAUUAUCCUAGAUCAUUGAAAAAGAAACACACGUACUACAUGAGAAAUAUUUCUAUUCUUUACUGGUCAAUUAUUACAUUAGGUUUGUUCGUCCACGCACCCAUCCGUACCUUCUUCAAAUUCUGCAAAAGGUGAAUCGAGUAAAAUUAAAAUAGAAAUGUUUCAAAUGUAAAAGAAUUACAAGUAUAUACCGUUAAUAAAUUUGUUGAAGUGUGGAUUUCUUUCUCUCGCUAAUCGAAUGUACUCUUUAUAUUUCAUCUCGUUUCCAAGCUUUUUGUAACAUUUAGCGCUAUUUAAAAGUGCCUUUAAAUUCGCCUCGUGUAUUUUUAAUGCCCAUUCGCAGUCGUCUAAAGCUUUUUCGUACAAUCCAAGACGAAUGUACGAUAAAGCUCUGUUAUUCCAUAACACGGACGAAUCUUUUCGUUGUUCCAGUGCUUUGCUGUAAUAAGUCACAGCUUUUUCAUAAUUUUCCUCCUUAAAUGCUCCAUUGCCGAUCCUUUUCAUCGUUUCCGCUCGUUCGUUUCGAAUUUUUCGACUCUCCGCUCUUUCCUUCGCAUCCUUCUCUACACUCGACAUAAACGCUUCUGUAUAAAUAUAAAUUUUUAAUUAGUACGGCAAUUAGUAACAGCUGAAAGAAUAAUUUAUACCUCGUGACAUUUGUUCGUCGGUGAUGUUCUCAUCUUUUGAAUAUUUGUUGAUCACUGUACGAUUGACCUUUACUUUCAAUUCGUCAUCUUCAGAGAAGUCCUUGGUCGGUUUCGUUUCUAAAAUUUCGUCCGCCAAUAUCUGACCGUGUUUUUGUUCCUCAGGGUCGGGAGAUGCUAAUUUCUUCACAAUUUUCUCUUGAAAAAUGAUAAAACAUCUUAAGUUUUGUUUGCGAUUCAAUUAGAUAUACGGGCACUUACCAACUUCGUUAACACGAUGCAUAAAAUUUUGGAAUUCUUCCUCCGUUACGUGUUUAUCAGCAGUUAGAUUGCUUAUCAUUUCUUCGCCUUCUUUUAUUUUUUCGUCCAGUUCGUCGUUAUUUAUUGUUCCUUCCAUACUUCUUGCAAUAUUUAAUGAUGAUCGCAACAGAAAAGAUUGAUCCAACUAAACCAGAGACUAGUUACCAUAGAAACGCAUAAUACUGUGAGAGAAAUUGAACGCGUACAAAAGUAAAAUGUUUGGCGCGAUAUUACGAAUGCGAUUCACCUGUUAAUUGAUUAGGAUAAUUAUUAAACGAGGACGUAAUGUGUAGUUUGAAUUGAUUUAUUACAAAAGAAACCAGAUCACGUAACAAAGUAACAAGUAAGGUGACAAACUAUGGGUUAAUUUAUGCGUGUUGUUACAUUUUUUUGCAAAGUGUUUUUAAUUACAGAAAAAUUCGUAGUCGCAGGAAAAAUUUUAUUCAGUUCAUUGAAAAAGAAAAAAUAAGGAAGUUAUCCCAUUUGUUAACCAUUAGAUCCUUUUCUUGUAGGAAAUUCUGGAAGACUUCCAGUAUUAUAAUAGGUCUGCUCCAUAUUUGUAACAGAAAACGUUUGUGACGAUCCUAUUACAUUUUCUGAACUAUCAUUUUCAAUCUCCUCAACCUCCAGCGGAUCCAUCUCUGUAUCCUCUUCCAUUUCAAACGACAGAUCCACUUCAUCUUUUAUAAAAACUCCACAUUUCACUGGUUCGUUAACGUCCACCUUGCAACUUUCUUUCCUCCUGUCCAAGGGUUCGUUAGUCUUUACAUUUUGGGUGAUAGCCGGUGGUUUCCCAGCUGUUAUUUCAACCUCAUCCAUUAUACACAAUUUCUUUAAAGGCAAUGGACUGUCUUUUGAAAUAGCUGAUAAAAUACGGGGCCAACUGAUAACUGGAUCUGGAAUCUCUUUCCUCUUUGGGACAGACGUAUUUGAAAUUCCUUUACUGGUGCUUGGCAUAUCGUUUAUGUCUACAAUACUGAUUCCAGAUUUACCCGUCUCCAAGCGUUGACUCAAUAAAUUAAUGUUAUUCUCUUUGCUUUUUUUAGUUGUUUCCAAAGGUAAUUUAUUCGUUAUCUUAUGAGGAUGAGUAGAAGAAGGGAACCGCGUUGCUUGGCAGGUAGUUUUAUUUUGUGCUCUAGCAUUUGGAUCAUGAUCAGAUGGUAUUGUUUUGGUAGAUAAACUUUUAGUUUCUUCUAGCUUUAAACGGGACACAGUUGACGCGUCGUGAGACGCGUUGUUCGAUUCCCCUACCAAAACGGACGUCUGUAUGUGCCGCAAUCCGGUAACUUCCAAAAUUUCGGCCAACUUUAGCAAUCUUCUAACCUCACUUUGUACGACUUGUAUUUCACCGCAAUACAUGAAGUUGAUAAUAGUCUUCAGAUCAUCGGCCUCGAUGUCGUGGAGUAUAAUCAUAGGGUGAGGAUGCUCGUUAGCCACCAGCAAUCGACGAAAGAAGGAGCUCGAGUUGGCCAAUACCAUUUUGUGACACUUCAAAAUCGUUCCACCUUUACACACUAAGGAAAGAUCUACAAACUGUUGCUUCUCGUAACACGUAUCGAGGGAAACCGCUAAAUGCGACGGGAAACUGUGCCACUUUAAGUUCAACACCGUUUCUUCCCUCAUUUUGAAUAUUGUAAUUGAUAGCUUUCGAUUUAACGCGGACUUUUCGCAGUGAGCAACUUUGGUUUAUGAUAACACACUCGCCAUGACAUGUGCUGCUGUCAUCGCAACUACGUUUCAACCGCCUUUACGCUUACAAACUCAUGGAUACAAAAAUCUCUCUAUCUUCUAUCCAAAGAUCAUAGAUAAACUUGUCGCGAUAUUUUAAAUUCGACGUGCAUAUAUUCGUACGCUUCGUUUCGCUCGUACUUGCUACAAAUAAAUAAAUUUCAACUGAUCGUAUAGUUUUUCGAGAAAACAGGUACGAGUGGGGGUUCUACUUUUUAAAAAUAACCUGUAUAGCAAUCGAUUUCCGCCAGCUAGAUGCCAACAUUAUCUAGGGGGUGGCAAAUAAAUCAUCGGAUUGAAAUGUUUGUUACAAAACUAUAAUUCUUUUUUACAAAUUCGAAACUAUUUUUCACACGAUUCAUUUUCUUCUUUUAAUUAUCGUCCCAAGUACUUAAACUUUAGAUGAUUUUGAAAGAAAAUGUACAAUCGCAGGUAUUUCUCAUUGCGCGAUAUUAUAAUUAUUCAGAAUACCGUGUAUAGGAUGAUUAAUUGAUAUAAAAUUCAUUUUGUCCAAGAAGCGUUCGAUGAAUGCUUUGAUUAACGCGCCCGUUUAGUCGCGCAUGCGCGUUUCAUCGCCGUUGUGAUUCUCGAAAUAUCUCGAAAUCGAAAUGUUGCCAGCGAUCCCUCGAUGCCAAUUGAGUUCGAUAAUUGCAAAUGGUCGUUUAAUAACAGAUGAUUGAACGCGUUCCGCGGCGCGGCCUAGCAUUUAUCUGUCAAAACUGGUGACGGACGGCCGACCGGCGAUGAGCCGACACACGCGCGCCUCUUGAUACUUUCGCGCGACGAUUUUAGGUUAUCGUUUCGAUCGCUUCGAUGAAAACAUUCGUCGUGUGUACGUUUAACACGUUCAGCGGUUACAUUUACCGAGCUGCAUAAACGCAUCGAUCCCGUUAAAGUGUCUACGAAAUAACCCGCCUACAUUAUUAUGUGAUGAUCGUGAACUGUAAACAAACGGGACAAAGAAAGAGAGAGAGACAGUGAGAGAACGAUGAGA